AAUGCACUACAAGAAAGGAUUCAGCUUGACUCCUGUCCUUGGAACAGCAGGGAGGCUCAAUUACCUUUACACCAUAAAUAUUUGAUGGGCAGGAAGGUGUAAGAUAACAGCAGUUAAAGGACGGUAAUCGGAAACUGCUGCUCCUGCACCUGGGAUAGGGAGCUAGAAUCCAAUCCCGAGGUGCCAUAACAGCAGUAUAUUUGCUUCUCAGUGUUAUUACUGUGUGGACUUUGGCUCUUGCGGAAAUCAGGAAACAGAAGCUCACAAGAACAAGAUGGCCAAGUUCCUGGCUCAGGAUGAAAUUCAGAAGUACAAGGAAUGUUUUUCUCUCUAUGAUAAGAAAGGCAAAGGGAAACUGCCAGCCGGGGACCUCCUGACCGUCAUGAGAUGCCUGGGAACCUGUCCCACACCUGGAGAAGUUGCACGACACCUGCAGGUCCACAAAAUCGGCAAGGAUGGGGUGGAUUUUUCCACCUUCUUAACAAUCAUGUACUGGCAGCAGAAGCAGGAGGACCCAGAGAAUGAGAUCAUGGUGGCCAUGUUAAUGUCGGACAAGCAGAAGAAAGGAGUCAUCCCAGUGACAGAACUCAGAGCCAAACUCACUCAGAUGGGGGAGAAGCUCACACCCAAAGAAGUUGAUGAUCUCCUAAAAGGUGUUAAAGUCGGACCAAAUGGAACGGUGAAAUAUGAAGAAUUCGUAAGAGCGGCCACAGUCCCUAUGCCUGACUACUGAACUGCAACAGAGCUGAAGAUCCAGAAAGUAUUCGGGACCACUUUUUAUAUUUAGUGGUGAAAGCUGCGCUCAACUCGCUGUGUGGAUGUCGACUUGCAAGCUCAGCUUCCUCCGCUACCCAAGACUCCACCCGUCUCAACCCUUUAUUAAAUAAUACCUCCUUACAUGCAGAACCUUGCUAUCAUACUUGCCACCAUUUUCCAGCUGUUGCAAAUAAACCGUCUACUGCCAUCACUAA